AUGAGACUUCUGCCAGCCACAUUGCUGGUGGGAGCUGCUUCGGCGGCUGUCCCCAUGCAGCAGGUCAUGGGUGACCUCUAUCAACAGUCACAGACUCUAGUCCAGGAGGGUUCAGACUUCAUGUCCAAGCCACUCCAGAAGCUCCAAGAUCAAUUCAAGACCCUCUCUGAUGAGGCCCGGCUGAUGUGGAAGGAAGUUUCGGACUCUUUUCCCAACCUGGAUCAGACUCCCAUGCUUUCGCUCCCCAAGAAGCACACUCGCCGACCUGACUCCCACUGGGACUCUGUCGUCCGUGGCGCGGAUGUGCAAAGCGUAUGGGUUGAAGGUUCCGAUGGCUACAAGCACCGGGAGAUUGAUGGAAAGCUAGAGGCCUAUGAUCUCCGUGUCAAGAAGGUGGACCCCAGCUCCUUGGGCAUCGACCCCAAGGUCAAGCAGUACAGCGGUUACCUCGACGAUAACGAGAAUGACAAGCACCUUUUCUACUGGUUCUUUGAGUCCCGUAAUGACCCCGCAAAUGACCCCGUUGUCCUCUGGUUGAACGGCGGUCCCGGCUGCUCUUCUCUUACCGGUCUGUUCAUGGAGCUUGGACCUAGCUCCAUCAACGCCAAGAUCCAGACCGUCUACAAUAACUUCUCCUGGAACUCUAAUGCCUCUGUGAUUUUCUUGGACCAGCCAGUCAACGUUGGCUACUCCUACAGUGGCUCAGCCGUCAGUGAUACUGUCGCUGCCGGCAAGGACGUCUACGCCCUGCUGUCCCUGUUCUUCAAGCAAUUCCCCGAGUAUGCCAAGCAGGACUUCCACAUCGCUGGCGAGUCCUAUGCUGGCCACUACAUCCCUGUCUUUGCUACUGAGAUUCUCUCCCACAAGAACCGGAACAUCAAUCUGAAGUCUGUGCUUAUCGGUAACGGCCUGACUGAUGGCCUCACUCAGUACGAGUACUACCGCCCCAUGGCUUGCGGUGACGGCGGUUACCCAGCUGUCCUGGACGAGAGCGCCUGUCGGUCUAUGGACAAUGCUUUGCCCCGUUGCCUGUCUAUGAUUGAGUCUUGCUACAACAGUGAGAGCGCCUGGAUCUGUGUGCCGGCUUCCAUCUACUGCAACAAUGCCCUCCUGGCUCCUUACCAGCAGACCGGUAAGAACGUCUACGACGUCCGCAAACCAUGCGAAGAUGAUUCUGGUCUGUGCUACAAGGGUAUGAGCUACGUCAGUGAGUACCUGAACCAGGAUAAGGUUAUCGAGGCUGUGGGUGCCGAGGUUUCGGGCUUCGAUUCCUGCAACUUCGACAUCAACCGCAACUUCCUUUUCCACGGUGACUGGAUGAAGCCUUUCCACCGUCUGGUGCCGGGCCUCCUCGAGCAGAUUCCUGUGCUCAUCUACGCUGGUGAUGCCGACUUCAUCUGCAACUGGCUCGGCAACAAGGCCUGGACUGAGGCUCUCGAGUGGCCUGGUCAGAAGACGUAUGCUGGUCUUGAGCUGGACGACCUUGUCAUUGUGGACAAUGAGCACAAGGGCAAGAAGAUUGGCCAGGUCAAGUCCCACGGCAACUUCACCUUCAUGCGUCUCUACGGUGGUGGUCACAUGGUCCCUAUGGACCAGCCUGAGUCCAGCCUGGAGUUCUUCAACCGCUGGUUGGGUGGCGAGUGGUUCUAA